AUGAUGGGAUGGUUAGGGUUAGUGAUUGCUGUUGAAUGGUGUGUGGGAAUACCUGAUAUUAUGAGUGGGCAGAUGUAUUCGAUUCCACCACUGAUGGGAGAUCCAGGGAUGUUUGGACCGCCACAGAUGGGGGGCGGCAAAGCAGGGCAGGUGUUGACGUUUGGGCCUGAUCCAAGCAGUGGGUUGAUGGCGCCUGUGGCGUUUCAGCCGCCUGGAAACAUACAGUAUGCAAGCACCUGUGAGUAUUUGAACAACCAGAAUGAGCAGUUCAAGAAAUGCAUGGAGAGCCAAAUCAAAGACUUUAAGGCUGUGAUUGAAAAUUGCAGGAAAAUGCUUGGAGAGAAUGCGAAGGAAUGCUGUGUGGACGAUGGCUGUCUUAAUGUCAUAAACAGGAAUCUUAAUGAAUGCAGCAACUGUGAAGAUUCUAAGGCAUGCAGGGAUGAAAAGUGCCAGAAAAACAUUGCCGACUCGAUUGUGAACAACAUGAACACCGAGCAGUUCAAGAUGCUGUUGUCUGAUGUAUUGAAGUCAAGCUUGAAAAAAAUAGGAAAUAAACUUUCGGGAUUGACUUCAUGCGCUAGAGACAAGUGUGAGAGAGAUGUGCUUAAUCGGCCGUCCAGUACAGUAUCCAGUACAGGGCCUGGCACAAGAAAUCAGCAUGUAUAUGCUGAUGAAUACGAUGGAGUAAGGGUAGAGAGCUUUUCUGAUAACGUGCCAGCAAAAGGCGUAAUGCUGGUUCCUGUAGAAAAAGCGAAAUAUGAUAAGAUGUUUGGAAUGCUAGAUGAUGAUGUCCGACGAGUAACAGGUAGCAGCAAACCGAAUCAAAGAGCUAUGAGUAUGAGCGAUCAAAAUCGCACAGACUUCGUAAGGGACUCCGACUAUAUAAGAAGAGACAUGCAAUCAAGAAAUGCAUAUGACUGCAUUGGCGGUCGUAGCAAGGAAUGUGUGAGAAAGGAUGAUGGCGACUGGCAACAAUACAGCAAUAACACGCGAGACAGCUACAUAAGCGAUUGGAAUGAUGACAUGCAAUACACGCAUACAAAUCGUCCAAGACCACAUUCAGACCAUGCAAAGACGCAGAGGCGUCCGGAGUUCGUGAAUGAAUCUGUAUCCAGGACUGCACAACCUUAUAGAACAAAUACAUUUAGGAAGACAUCGCCUACUCACUCCAGAUGCACUAGGGAGAUGUGCAGUCGUGAUGAUAGGCAUGAUCUAUAUCCUGAGUGCACAGAUUACUGCGAACGAGCAAACAGGAGUAAUAAUAGUACAGCAGGGCGUACUACCAAGAGCAUAAAUAGAAGCAUAGAAGACCGAUCAGAUGUAUUAGCAAGUGAUUCUUGCCUGAGCGAUGACUACGAUUAA